AAGGGCAAGAAUGCAGCUGAAGUCCAAUCAGUUCCAGUUGCAUUUUUAAUCAGACCCCUGUAAUGAUCAGCACUCCCCGCCCCCAAAGAGUGAAUCGCCUAAAAAGGAUGGAGGUGAUGAGGAGCAGCAGCCUGAACUUCCUCUUCCUGAUGCUAGCAGCCCAGUCUCAGACAACUUGGCAAAACUCCACCACCUCUUUUGAAAACGAGCUACUGGGAUCUCUGCUGAAUGCAUACGCCCUGUACCAGAUACCCAGAAAUGGCAGCCAUCCACUUCUAGUGGAUGUCAAUGUGAUUGUAUCCAAUAUUUUAAAUGUGGAUAUCUUGAAGUAUACUUUUUCAGCUGUCCUACAUUUGUGUCAGUCAUGGUAUAACAAAGAGCUGGCAUGGGAUGAGGCCAAAUUCCCCUUCAUCUCUAUCACUGUGCCUCAGAGUUCAGUGUGGACCCCAUCCCUCACUGUUCAAGAAGCUUUUGAGGUAGAGUGGAAGACUGAAUCACCUGAAGUGAUCUUGCACAGUAAUGGGAAAAUGGAGUUUCAGUUCUCUCUGCGCAUCGACAGCAACUGUAAUUUCGACCUCUUCUACUACCCACGUGAUAGCACCCGGUGCACUUUGAGCUUCUUUGCUCUGGCCAAUAAAGGUGGGUGA